AUGCCAGGUCCAGAACUCAUCAGCCUGACUCCAAAAGGUCACACGAAGGUGGAUGUAACAAUGACUGUGCCGAGGGAUUGGGAUGAAGAGGACGUGCUUGUGGCAUACGUGGCAGGAGCGGCGGAGAAGAACUGCACUGGAAAAAAUAAUGUCAGUGUGUGUACAAUCGGUGGACUGUUGCCGCGCAUUCCCUACAACGUGUGUGCACGAUCCUGUCACCCGAAUGCGACAGCCACGACAGCUGUGUCAGACUCCUCCGGGGGCGCUCAACUCUCGUCAAGUGUUGAUCUUUUUCGGAUCGGCACAGUUGAAGCAAACGACGCGUUGAUUUGCAGCAACGCUGUGUGCAGUAGUGUGACGAUACCCAUAGAAGUUCCAGGGCUCUUCAGCAUGACUCCAAAAGGUCACACAGAAGUGAAUGUAACAAUAACUGAGCGGACGGAUUGGGAUAAAGAGGACGUGCUUGUGGCAUACGUGGCAGGAGGGGCGGAGGCGAAGAACUGCAUUCAAGAUAACGAUACCAAGGAGUGCAUAAUCGGUGGACUGUUGCCGCGCAUUCCCUACAACGUGUGUGCACGAUCCUGUCACCCGAAUGCGACAGCCACGACAGCUGUGUCAGACUCCUCCGGGGGCGCUCAACUCUCGUCAAGU